AUGGCUUUCUCCAGGCGUCUGGCUGGUCAGACAGCCUCGAACCUGCUUCGUCAGAGCCAGCAGCCCACGUACGCUAGACUGGCUGCUCGCACUCUGACGACUCAGUCGAGCUUUGCUUCUAGCAACCCCCGCGCUGUACGCGCAACCAAGAGAUCUACCAACCGCUUCCUACAAGUCCGCAACGCAACCAGCAAUGCUCAAGUUGCACCCAACGCAAAGGCUUACCUCGAGAGUGGAGCCAUUGCUGGAGGUCAGAACCUGAUCGAUGUCAAGAAGGUUCUGGUCAUUGGCAGUGGUGGUCUUGCCAUUGGACAGGCAGGAGAGUUCGAUUACUCUGGAUCUCAAGCACUCAAGGCCUUGAAGGAGGCUGGCAUCCACUCGGUGCUCAUCAACCCUAACAUUGCAACUAUCCAGACAUCUCACGUUCUUGCCGAUGAGAUUUACUACCUUCCUGUCACCCCUGAGUACGUUACCUACGUUAUCGAGAAGGAACGUCCCGAUGGUAUCUUCCUGUCUUUCGGUGGUCAGACUGCCCUCAACUUGGGUGUCAAGAUGGACGAGAUGGGUAUCUUCGACCGCUACAACGUCAGAGUUUUGGGUACCAGCAUCCAGACCUUGAAGACCAGUGAGGACAGAGACCUGUUUGCUCAGGCCCUCAAGGAGAUCGAUAUCCCCAUCGCUGAGAGUAUCGCUGUUGGUACCAUCGAUGAGGCUCUCGAUGCCGCUGAGAAGGUCGGCUACCCCAUCAUUGUCCGUGCUGCCUAUGCUCUCGGUGGUCUUGGUUCCGGUUUCGCCAACAACCCUGAAGAGCUCCGCAACUUGUCUGCUCGUUCCCUCACUCUGUCUCCCCAGAUCUUGGUCGAGAAAUCGCUCAAGGGCUGGAAGGAGGCCGAGUACGAGGUCGUUCGUGACGCCUCCGACAACUGUAUCACCGUUUGCAACAUGGAAAACUUCGAUCCUCUCGGUGUCCACACCGGUGACAGUAUCGUCGUCUCUCCCAGUCAAACUUUCAGUGACGAGGAGUACCACAUGCUCCGUACCGCUGCCAUCAAGAUUGUCCGUCAUCUUGGUGUCGUUGGCGAAUGUAACGUCCAAUACGCUCUUCAGCCUGAUGGUCUCGACUACAGAGUCAUUGAGGUCAACGCUCGUCUCUCUCGUUCAUCUGCUCUUGCCUCCAAGGCUACCGGUUACCCUCUCGCCUACACUGCCGCCAAGAUUGGUCUAGGCCACACUCUUCCCGAGCUGCCUAACGCUGUUACCAAGACUACCACUGCCAACUUCGAGCCUUCCCUGGACUACAUCGUUACCAAGAUUCCUCGCUGGGAUCUGAGCAAGUUCCAGAACGUCAAGCGUGAUAUCGGCAGUGCUAUGAAGUCUGUCGGUGAAGUCAUGGCUAUUGGUCGUACCUUCGAGGAAUCCUUCCAGAAGGCUAUCCGUCAGGUUGACCCCAAAUUCCACGGUAUCCAAGGUGACAAGUUCGACGACCUCGAUGAUGUUCUCGCAAACCCCACCGACCGUAGAUGGUUGGCUGUCGGUCAAGCCAUGUUCCACGAAGGCUACACUGUUGACCGCGUCCACGAGCUCUCCAAGAUCGACAAAUGGUUCCUCUACAAGAUCCAGAACAUUGUUGACACCACUAAAGAACUUGAAGCCAUUGGCAGUCUUUACGGUGUCAAGAAGGAACUUAUGCACAAGGCCAAGAAGCAAGGUUUCUCUGACAUCCAGAUUGCCAAGGCUGUCGGCAGCACUGAGGAUGAGGUCCGUGCACGCAGAAAGAACUUUGGCAUCACUCCCUUCGUCAAGAAGAUUGAUACCCUUGCGGCCGAAUUUCCCGCAUCGACCAACUAUCUCUACACGACAUACAACGCUUCUACCCACGAUGUUGACUUCAACGACCAUGGUGUCCUCGUUCUCGGAUCUGGUGUCUACCGUAUUGGAAGCUCGGUCGAGUUCGAUUGGUGCGCUGUCAAUGCAACUCUCGGAUUGAAAAAGCAAGGCAAGAAGACUGUCAUGAUCAACUACAACCCAGAGACGUACUCGACAGACUUCGAUGUUGCCGACAAGCUCUACUUUGAAGAACUCUCUUACGAACGUGUCAUGGACAUCUACGAACUCGAGACUGCCUCAGGUGUCGUUGUUUCUGUCGGUGGUCAGCUCCCUCAGAACAUGGCCCUCAAGCUCCAGGAGAGCGGCAAGGCCAAGGUCCUCGGUACCGAUCCCAAGGACAUUGACAAGGCUGAAGAUCGUCAACAAUUCUCUUCCAUCCUCGACUCUAUCGGUGUCGACCAGCCUGCUUGGAGCGAACUUACUUCAUACGCCGAAGCCCAGCAGUUCGCCAACAAAGUCGGAUACCCCGUUCUCGUCAGACCCUCUUACGUCCUGUCCGGUGCUGCUAUGACUGUCAUUCGCUCUGAGAGUGAGCUCCAGGAGAAGCUCAAUGCCGCCGCUGAAGUCAGCCCUGAUCACCCCGUUGUCAUCACUCAAUUCAUCGAAGGCGCUCGCGAAAUCGAUGUUGACGCUGUUGCCCAUGACGGCAAGGUUCUCGUCCACGCCGUCAGUGAGCACAUUGAAAACGCUGGUGUCCACUCCGGUGAUGCUUCUCUCGUUCUUCCUCCCGCCAAGCUCUCUGAGAGCACAAUCAAGCGUGUUAAGGUUAUCGCCGACAAGGUUGCCAAGGCAUGGAAGAUUACCGGUCCCUUCAACAUGCAAAUCAUCGACGCCGACUCUCCCAACGGUGGUGAAUCCUCCCUCAAGGUCAUUGAGUGCAACCUCCGCGCUUCUCGUUCAUUCCCCUUCGUCUCUAAGGUCCUCGGUACCAACUUCAUUGAUGUCGCUACCCGUGCUCUCACCAGCACCGAUGUCCCUGAGCCUGUGGAUCUCAUGGCACAGAAGCGUGACUAUCUCGCUGUCAAGGUUCCUCAGUUCUCCUGGACUCGUCUUGCUGGUGCCGAUCCUUACCUCGGUGUCGAGAUGUCUUCUACUGGUGAAAUGGCCUGCUUCGGUAGAGACCUUGUUGAGGCCUACUGGACUGCCGCUCAGUCUGCCAUGAACUUCCGCGUUCCCCAGCCCGGUGAGGGUCUUCUCUUCGGUGGAGACAUCAACAACCCCGACCUUGCCAAGAUUGUCGACUUCGUCAACCCUCUCGGCUACAAGCUCUUCGCUGCUAACGAGUCCGUCAAGCAGCACCUCGAGAACAACUCCAAGGACGGUAGCGUCAAGGUUGAGGUCAUUGAGUUCCCCAAGGAGGACAAGCGUGCUCUCCGUGAGGUCUUCGAGAAGUACGACAUCCGUGGUGUCUUCAACUUGGCAAAGGUCCGUGCUAGCAGUCUCAUCGAUGAGGACUACGUUAUGCGCCGUAACGCUGUCGACUUUGGUGUCCCUCUCUUCAUGGAGACCAAGACUGCUGUCCUCUUCGCUCAGUGCAUGAGCGAGAAGCUUCCCAAGGCUGAGGGUAUCCCCUCCGAGGUCCGCCCCUGGGCUGACUUCGUUGGCGGUCGUCCUCUGUAA